UAUUUAUAUAUGCUUGCAUAAUCCUAUUUCGUUUCUGUUCUUCUGUUUUGAUUUAUUCAGUAUUUAUCAUCUUCUCUGCUUUCUUCUCUUUCCUAAACCGGCCAAUUUGCCUUCCACUUAGAUUUGCUGUUGAACCUAACCUCUUGUUUCGUUACACAUUCUUUCUUGAUCUGUUUCAACUCUUUCUUUGUGGAUAGCAUGGCUAUGGAACCAAGCUUCUUUGAGCAUGAGGUACACUUUGAAUCUGAAGAUGUUGCACUUAAGCCAAAAUGGAAAUCCAUCUCAACCCCUACUGGCAUCUCAGAUGAUGAUGGUGAUUGUUUUGACUGCAACAUAUGCUUAGACUCGGCACAAGAUCCUAUUGUCACUCUUUGUGGUCAUCUGUAUUGCUGGCCAUGUAUUUACAAGUGGCUGCAAGUUCAAAGUUCUCCAGAUGCCAAUGAGCAGCAGCCAAGCUGCCCUGUUUGUAAGGCUAACAUUUCCCAAAAUUCAUUGGUCCCCCUUUACGGGCGUGGCACAUGCCGAGCUGAUUCAGCAUCCAAGAAGGCCUCUCCUGAUGUAGUUAUACCCCGUCGGCCACCUCCUGCAUUGAAUACAUUAAUUUCUAAUACUUCGCAACAAGGUCAGCAACUUCAUCCAAACUUCUUUCAGUCACAGUCACAACCACAGUCCUUUCAUCACCAGCCAUAUUUCCCUAACCCUUAUUUGGCCUCAUCAAAUCUCGGUAAUGCAGCAACGUCACAAAUUUUCAAUCCCAUGAUUGGAAUGUUUGGAGAGAUGAUGUUUGCAAGAAUUUUUGGGACGUCGGACGCAAGUUUGUUUGCUUAUUACUACCCAAAUUCUAACCAUCUGAUGGGAGGCUAUAGCCAUAGGAUGAGGAGGCAGGAGAUGCAGCUUGAAAAGUCUCUAAAUAGGGUGACAAUCUUUCUUCUUUGCUGCAUCAUUCUGUGUCUUCUCUUGUUUUGAUCAUUUUAGUUUUAAGCUUUUGUAUACUUGUAUUAAGUAAUGAAAAGAAGCCAUGAACAUAUUCACAGGACAUAGGCGCUAUUAGAAAAUUUCCUGGGAAAUCAGUUUGUGAGGUUUCCCAUGUGGCAUUUUUGCUUGUAAAUAAAUGUUAUUCUUUACAGGCACUUUCUCAUCCAUUAAUAUUAUUUGAUAUUCUUGAGCUCUA